AUGAACAAUUCCCGUUGUUCUAGCCCUCCUCCUUCGGGAGAAAUCAAUGAGAUUUUGAAGAUUGAUGGUGAUGAUUCGAAGUUUGAUGAUUUUGGUGAUGGAGAGGUGUCGAAACCGAAUUUCGUGUUCAAGUUUGAGUUCCAGACUAAAGAAUUAUUGAGUAGAAUCAAUGAAGGGAAUAAUGUUAUUGGUGAUUCGGCUCUCUCGGAAGAGUACGAGUUCCAAGCUGAUAAGUUUAACCAAAUGAAAGCUGCAAAGAAUGUUAGUUGUUUCAUGGAAGAAGCUAAAGCCGCAAGCUUUAAUGUUGAAGAAGCUUAUGAAGAAACUCCUCAGGAUUUUGGACAUGGUGAAUGCGAGAAAGAUGAGUCCCGUGAGAUGAAAUUGGUCACGGGAGAGAAGCCUCGUUCGGGUGGAGAGAAAUUGGGGAGUCACGAAAACGAUUCGGCUUCAGAUUCUGAUUACGAUUCUGUUGGGUACGAAACUGAUUGUUUUGAGCACGAGGGAGAAGAUAUGAAGGAAGAAGUUCAAGAAACCGAAGAGCUGCAGAAGAAUGAUCAUCACAAUCCUGAAGAAAAGCCAACGGAGGGUUUAGAUUUAGAAGAUUCUGAAAAAUCCAAUUGUCAUAACCAUAACCUGACAGCCAGAGAUUAUGUGGAUUCAUACACAUUGGAAGCUUUGUGGGAGCACCAAGAAUUGAUAGAACAGUUAAAAAUGGAGUUCAAGAGAGUCAGAACUGAUGCUCUACCUACUAUUCCCGAAGAUUACGAGUUCUUGAAUUUGGAUGAUUUGAAGCCAAGGAAGGUUGAUGAAAUACUCCAUGGUAGAAUCGGAGAGUUUGACGAAUUCUACAAGAGCUACAGCGUACGUAUGCGAAAUUUCGAUAUCUUGAAUAACCAGAAGUUGAAUGCACUACGUUUAUUGCAGUCCAAGAAACCACCUAAGUCGUUUUCGAGUAGCAAGUCCUUUCGCUCAUGGAACCUUUUGAGAUGCAAAUCAAAUAAAGAUUCCGAUUUUUUUGACCCAAUUUCGGUCAAGUUUAGAGAAUUGCAUAGUGAGUUAGAAGUGGUGUAUGUGGGGCAGUUGUGCCUUUCGUGGGAGUUCCUUAAAUGGCAGUAUGGUAAGGCCUUGGAGCUGUGGAAGUCUCCAUAUAAAACCGCUACAUAUAAUGAAGUCGCGGGCGAAUUUCAGAAGUUUAAAGAGUACUUGCAAAGAUUUGUGGAGGGUGAAUGUUCUGAAGAACGGACAAGGGUUGAAAAUUAUGUCAAUAAUCGAUACAAGAUGUCUAUACUUCUUCAAGUUCCAGUGGUUCGAGGGGACAAUUUAAAAGACAGAAGGAAAACAAGAAGAAAAGGUAGAGAUGAUGGAGAAAUAAUUUCGAGUGAUGAUCUAGUAGAGAAACUGGAAGAAUCAAUUACGACAAUGUGGCAAUUCAUUCAAGCUGAUAAAUAUGCUAGCAGUGCGAUUAAUGCAAGUCAAAAGAGAAGACGAGAACACCUUCAACAAACGGAUUUGAAUCUUUUAGCUGAGGUCCAAACUGAUCUUCACAAGAAAAAUAUGAAGCUCAAAGAGACACUGAGGAGUAGGAACAGCAUGCUCAAGAGAUUCAGAAAGCAUGUAGAAGAGGAAGGUACAGAUGAUCACCUUUACUUCUUCUCUGAAGUUGACAUGAAAUUAGUUUCUAGGGUUUUGAAAAUGUCAAGUGUAACAACAGACCAACUAGAGUGGUGUUGCGGUAUGUUGAGCAAGAUCUGUUUUGUGAACCGAAAGCUUUGUGUAGAUCCUUCAGUCUUGCUAUUUCCAUGCUAA